AUGAAUAAAUGGCUCAUAAAUAAAAGACCUCUUGAGGAUGAUGAUCAAAAUUCUGGACCAUCAACUUCACAAAAUAUAAGUAUACCUAAAUGUUUUGAUACUUAUGAGCUGCACAAGGGAAAAAUUAAAAAAUUCGAAAAGCUGAUAAAUGUCUCUAAAUCUAAAAAAAGAAAAUAUGACGAGUUGUACUUAAAAUUAGGUUUUACUUGGACUGGAAGCUUGGACGAGCCUAAUGCACAGUGCGUGGUUUGUUCUGAAAUAUUAUCAAACAAUUCUAUGAAACCAUCAUUUUUAAAACGCCAUUUAGAAAGUAAACAUAAAAAUGUAGUAAAUAAGGAGUUACAGUACUUUGAACGUCUUUUAGAAAAUCUUAAAAAUAGGAAAAACAAUAUAAAACAGUUUUCUGGUGCAGAACGAAAUGAAAAUGCACUAAAAGCUUCUUAUAAAGGCAGUAUUUCUGAUAUUUUUCAUGUAGAAAAAAAAACCAAUGCAAUGAUUAAAAAAAUCACUCUCUGGGAAAAAGAAAUACAAACAAAUAACUGUGAGCCGUUUGAAAGAUUGAACAUAUUUUUGCAAGAUAAUAAGAAAAAUUUAUCUAAUUUUACUGAACUCAAGACUCAAAUGGUCCAGCACUUGAAUGCACUGAAGAUCCGUAUAAGAGAGUAUUUUCCGCCUUUGGAAAAACAAUAUGACUGGAUACGUGAUCCCUUUGAUGUUGAUGCUACAGACACUAACCUGACUACUUUUGAAAAAGAGCAGCUCAUUGAAGUCUCGUGUGAUCCCUCGAUGAAAAACAAAUUCUUAAAUUCUGGUACUACAUUGUUAGAUUUUUGGAUCUAUGUUGGAAAGGAACAAAAAGAACUGUCUAGCAUGGCUGUCAAAUUUCUUGUUGGAUUUUCCACCACUUAUUUAUGUGAAAGAGGUUUUUCAAGUUUAACUUAUGUUAAAUGUAAAUAUAGAAAUAAAUUAAAUGUCGAAGAUGAUUUAAGAUUGUAUUUAACUAAAUUAGAACCCAAUAUUGAUAAACUGUGCCAACAGAAACAAGCUCACGCAUCUCACUAA